CACCAAUAGUACUAAGCCGUCCCUCCGCAGCAAGCAGAAUGAGAUUCAAAAUUUCAUGCAAUAUCACUCGUAUUCACGAUGAAGUAUUUUGUCAUGAUUCAUCCAUAGCCUAACCCGUACAGCGAGGAUGACGUGCUCAGGUCUCACCCAAGCUUUGCAUGCACAGGGUAACCAUGCUGCAAACUCUUCACCUACCAGUGGCAACUUGAAUCACCAACCGACUCUGAGAUCUAUCGACUCAGGGGAUGAUUUGUCAAAUUACAGGAUCACCUGCAACAUAGAUGCUGCGUGCUAUAGAGAUGACAAAGAAAUUACAACAAAUGCUGACGUUGUCUUAAAUUUGGGUUUUACCUAGCAAGUGUAGAUCUCAGUAUGUGACAAUAAUCUUCCAUACUUUCCUUCCUUUGUAAAAAUCCUGCUAAUUGCGGCGAACUACGGAGAAUCUCUCAGCCUGCUGUUUAGAUUCAUUCUCCAGAUACCCCCACUCCGACCGAAGGACGGUCACCAUGGCUGGAAUUGUGACAUCGAAGCAGAUUGUUGUCCCGAUAUUGCAAAAAUAUCUGGCUCGAGUAUCAAAAGCC